AUGGCGGAUGAAUUUCAGCUUGGUAGUGGAAACUGGUGGGAUUCACCAAGAAGCAGGUUUGAAAGUGGAUCGACUCCAUCAACUACGACAACAAAUAGCUUAGUAAGAUUUGGAUGGCCGACAGAAAUAGUGGAUAUCAAAGCAACGUCAUCAAUCGAUUCCGUGUCAGAUUCUCGGAGCUCAAUUGUUUUCCAAGAUACCCAGAAGCUGCAAGUGCCUGAUCCCAACUUGAUUGGUUUAGGCCUUUCAUCUCAAGGAAUGGAUUGGAACCAAGCUCUACUUAGGGGUGAAAAAUCUGAGAGUAGUUUUCGGUCGAUGCUUCAAGAAGACUUAAACUCGAACACAAGUUUUCAGCAAGAAGGUGGGAUAUCAUCUUCUCAAGUACAGUGGAGACAGAAAAUGUAUUCUGCAAGUUCUGAGGACUCCUCCAUGAACGAGUUCAAGCAAAUUAACAGAGGUUUAACAUUAGAUCAACCACAGUACAGUUCUCAUAUCAGCUCAAGCGACAGUACUAUAACAUGUCAAGGCUUACAAACUAGUUUUCAGAUGGAUUCAGCCAUGUAUGGAAGUCCUUCAACUAUGUUUCAGGGAUUAUUAGGAUCUGAUAACCAGCAACAACAAUCGAAUUUCGAGAGCAGAACGAUGAAUUAUUCGUAUCCAUCUAGCUAUGGAAUGAACUCUGCUGAAGCCAUGCCUUCUAGUUCUUGGUCUAAAUUUCCCCAGUUUCUCAGAAGUUCACCUCCAAAACAAGCACCUCAUAGCCAGUUACACUUCUCCAACAACGCUCCGUUUUGGAAUGCUUCCACAGCCCCCAUGAACGAUGCUCGACCGAGCUUUUUCCCAUCGUUACAAACGAAAUUUCCGACGACAAACUUUGAUGAAAAACCAAAGAAUACAUCAGAAGUUCGGGACUUGGGCACAGUGGUGAAGAAAAGCAGCAGUGAACCAUCAAAUAAAAGGCCUCGUAAUGAAACCCCAUCACCUUUGCCAGCUUUUAAGGUUAGGAAAGAGAAGAUGGGGGACAGAAUCACUGCAUUGCAACAAUUGGUUUCGCCUUUCGGAAAGACCGAUACUGCCUCAGUGCUCUCUGAAGCUAUUGAAUACAUCAAGUUCCUCCAUGAACAAGUCAGUAAGUCUGAUAAAUCCAAUGAUCCUGAAGGACCCAAGCAAGAUCUUAGAAGUCGAGGACUAUGUCUGGUACCCGUUUCGAGCACCUUCCCUGUCACUCAUGAAACAGUUGAUUUUUGGAACCCUACUUUUGGAGGAACUUUCAGAUAA